AGGAAAUAAAGGCCCACACAAAUCAGAAGUGACAUUUAUUUAGCAUUUGAAGAUGUUGAAAAAAAAUAUUAGUCAUCUCACUGGAAUUGACUCCCAAUCACUGUAAAAGGUAGGGGUACUGCUAAAGGUAUUAAUUAUGCUUUGGGUUUUUUUGGUUUUGGCUUGGUUUGGUUUGGUUUUGAGGAUUUUUAAUCAUAGAUUUAUUGAUCUGACUGUCUACAUGCCACUCUUGCCCCGGCACAAACAGAACCUGGUUUAGACAUCUUGUGGUCAAGAUGAUCUGCUAGCCUUUCACUGGGGCGGGGUCAGUGGAGGUGGGUGUCAAGUUGGGCGUAAGAGGGAUGCGCAUCACAAGGACUCUGAGCUGAGAUGCCCUCCCCCACCCGAGAGGAAGGCAGACUCUAGCCCCGCCCCCAGUUGUGCUCACACCUAAGUGAAGUGAGCUCGAGCUAACUCUGGGGGUGUCCAGCCAACGUCGACGGGUUAACCUCACCUAGAGCCCCCCAACUCUACUGCUAUGGCCUUUUCCUCAGUUCUGAGACUGGGCCGAGAAGUGGUACUGAAGACCACAGAACUAAAAGCAUGGGGGCUUCGAGAAUUUGCUUCAACAGUUUUCCCCUCUAUAAAAUCGGGAGACAGUGAAAAGGAAAAACAAAAGAAGUCUAAAUUGCAACAACCACCAAAAAAUGUAGUGGCACCAAAGGAAGGGAUCAAGCUAUUACCAACCCCAAGAGCUGAAUUUCCCCAAAAAUUAUCAUCAACUAAUUCUUGUCCAUUAGCUGUGAAUAAAGACAAGACCAUAGUUAAUAUUAAUUCUGAUGACAUCAAACAACCGAUAGAUGAAGAAAUUGGAAAACUUUUGCCAGAAAAGACUGUAGUUGAAUUUCCACAAAAAGUUUCACCUUCAUUCAGAGCAAAGGAUACUUAUUUAGAAAAUCACCAAAAGAUCCAGAAACCAGCUGAAGUUGAUUUAGCAUCUUCUUCAUCUGACUCAGAUUCUGAUAGAGAAGAUAGUGUCUCAGAAAUUGUCUUGAAACUUAAGAUUACCAUCAGAACUAAAAGAGAGUUUCCACAAGGAGAUACUUUUGAGCAGAAGGCCCAAAGAAAUUUGAGAUUAACCAAGAAGACCCACUUCCAAAAAGUACGCAUGGACUCUAUAUGUGUGGAGAAACCUCAUCAAUCAGAGAUGAAAAUCACUGUUGAAUGAUCCGAAGCCUAUAAAGAGCUUCCCAAUAUCACCCAAAUCAGAAGUCUUUUAGAGAACAAAGUACAAAAAGAGGCACAUUUGCAGAAUUCUUUAUUUGAGUUGAAUUAAAUGACAAAAAAAAACCCCAAAAUCCAAAAAACCAAAACAGUAGUUUCAUCAACCCAUUUAGGUAUAGAAAUAAAACUGUUGAUAACAAAGGAAGAAAACAGGAAAGAGAAACCAACAGUUGUUGAUUUUACAACAGACCAUUUUAAUAACAAAGACAUUUUAGAGGAACAGGUACCCAUCCUAAAUUUGGAAGCAUCUCUUCCUCAGACCAAAGAAGACAUCUUAGAGGAAAAUGUGCCUGCAGGAAAUACUGGUACAAAGGAAGAAGUCUUUCCAAGGUUACCAAUGAAGUUCAAAAAUCAAGUCAUCAUACUGGAGACUGAAAAUGCUGAGGCAUUUGAAAAUUCUACCUACAAGAACCUAAAGCAUCAUGACUUCAACACUUAUACCUUCUUAGAUUUUAACCUGGAUCUUUUGAUUUUUAAUUUUUAUUUAGGUUACCUCAGCAAUCUUCAAGAUGAGAGUCCCCUAGACAACUGAAUCAAAAGAAAAAUUUCAAGUUUCUCUGUGAUUCGACUUGUGAGUUGCUGCAUUUUCUCUUCCAUAAAUAAAAUCAAUUCAAGAGUAA